GCUGUGCUCACUGGCUUGUAAACCUAAAUGUCACCGCAGCAUCUCUCUCCCACAUCCACGCCAGACUCCUCAUACCUAGUCCUCGCUAUGACCUUCAUCGAGACUGUUUAGCUGAAUGCUGAGUUUGUUUUAUCCUCUGGAGGUUCGCGGAUGAAAGCGGACACCUGAGCUGCAUAGCGGCGUCACUGCGGCUUGUUUUUAGCCUUUUUCAGUUGCGACUAUGGCCAACAUAACACCAUCCGACACAGUAGCAGCAGUUGUUAAGAUGGCGCCUCCAACUGUCCCGCAUGCCGACAAGGGAAGUGGAACAAACAGUCACAACUCCCCUGCCAGAACUAAAAAAACAACCAACACAGACAAGAAGCUUCUCUUAAACGGACAUGCGUCGCCUUCACACUUGGUGGCGAACAUUAGCACCAACCAUGUUGGCAAACCAAUUGUGGAGGGUGUCUUGAAGACAGAUGACAGGAUGCGUUUAGCCAAAGAAAGACGGGAGGAGAGGGAAAAAAGCCUUGCGGCACGGGAACAGCUGAUCAAGGAGAAGGAGCGCCGAUCUCAGCUGCAGUAUGAGCGCACAGUGGAGGAGCGUUGGAAGCGGCUGGAGGAGCAGAGGCACAAGGAGGAGCUGCGCAGAGCUGCGGUGGAAGAGAAGCGAAGACUGCAGCUAGAGGAGGAAAAGGAGCGGCUGGAGGCCCUGAUGAGACGCUCUCUGGUGCGCAGCCUCAACCUGGAGAACAGACAAAAACGCUGGAGCAGAGGCUUCACUAUUGGAGCAGGUGACACUGAGAAUGCAUCGUUCUCUGUCUCUGCUGCCUCCACCCUUUCCCAUGGCCUUGCCUCCCCUCUUCCUGCUGUCAGCGAAUCUGCGCCCUGCAGCCCUCGCAGGUCACCGUUGUGCAGCUCACGGAGCCCCGCUGACCCCCUCAGAAGUGGGCUCCUGGAAGGCUCUCAGUCCACUCCCAACACACCCAAGAAAAAGCGUCUCCAAAAUGAGAGAAGAACUGCCUCUCCAGGAGGUGCAUUGACAAACACAAACAGAAGAUCUGAAUCUCCUGCUAAUGUCACCAAACAGCUGACAUCAUCGACUACCUCCAAGCUGGCUUCUAAGACGCGCAUGCAGUCGCCCAACAACCUCCAUGAGUACCACCACUCCCCCACUAGACCUCGGCUAUCCAAUGAUAAGAAAGCACACACCAAGGGUGACGCAGUGGGAAACAAUGACCGCCAUAUCCACAAUGCAGCUGACGUAUAUCAAGCCAAAUCAUCUGAAGUCAUCAAAGGUGAUGUCUCUGAGAAUAAAGAAGACUCUUUUAGGAGGAAAACAGAGCAUAAUGGAGAGAAGAAUGGAGAGAAGAAUGGAGAAUCAUCGCCAUGCACAGCCACAGGGAAGGUAGCAGCCGGGAUAACCAAUGCAGAGGAUGCUAGCAGGAUGCUAGCGGAGCGUAGACGUCAGGCUCGGGCGCAGAAAGAACUAGAGGACAAAAAACGAGAGGAAGAAAAAAGGCUCAAGGAAGAUCAGCUGACCAGACAGCAUGCACAGGAGCAAUGUGAGCAGGAGCGCAAGGACUCUGGGAAAAAAGGCACAGAUUCGAACACAGCAAUGCAAAAAGAACACAAACGACAACAGGAUGCGCAGGAGAAGGAGCUAAUGGGCAGAGAGCGAGAAAAGGCUAAUGUUCAAACAAAUGAGGAAAUUCAGCGUCAGCGUCAAGACCGAGAACAGCAGACACAACAUCUAGAUGAGGAAAGGCAGCUGAGAAAGAAGAGAAUUGACGAGAUCAUGAAGAGAACGAGGAAAGGGGAAACUGACGUGAAGGACGAACAGGUGGAGACCAGGUCACCACCAGGGGAGGUAAAGAACGAUGAAACUAAAGCUCAGGAAGAUUAUAAAUGGUGUAGAGAACAGGUCUCAAGCCAGGGCGACAGGGGCAGGAAGAAACAAGCAGCACAGAUGGACUGUCAGAAGCAUGUUGAAAACAAUACUCAACAAGUGAUACCAGCUCACAGUGUUCCGGACAAUAGGCUGGACACCGGAAAAAUGAUAGACACGGACAAGAUAACCAAGGAUGGUGUGGAUGAUCCCCAACUACAUGACAGGGAAAUGCAGGCGAAUGCAAAUAAGCCCAGAAUCAAUUUUGAAGACAUGGACCCAUUCAAAGAAGAACCAACCAAUGAGACAGGUGGAAGGGUUAAGCAUAAUGAGAUCAAUGGAGUGGUCAGGAGGGCAGAAAGUGUCCCAAUGAGAGAUCAUGUGACCGCUGAGGUAAGUAAACAGAAAGCGGCGUCCUUGUCAGGCGGAAAUGAAGAACGUGUGACGCCCCUGCCUUUGGGACCGCGACCACCACCCGCCAUUCAUCUGGAGCCACUGGAGGUGACGCGGUCCUGUGAUGAGGUGCAGUCCAUGGACGUCAGCCCAGCUUCAAAUGAGGAAUUGAUUUCCAUCCCAGAAUUCUCGCCAGUUAAUGAAAUACAGCAAGGCGGCAUAAGCAACACCCGGGCCCUUCAGGACCUGAUGGACCUGACAGGCAGCGUCACAUGCUCCAAAAGGACCGCUGAAAGCAACGUCGGCGACUGCAACAAAAACCUGAUCCAGGGGGUCGUCAGCCCCAUUUCAGACUCCAAGCUUAUCGGGAUAUCCUCUCCUUCCUCAAAUCAACUUAAUAUCCAUUAG